AUGGUGCUGCCGGUUGUUGCUUGGGAGCCCAUGGCAUUGUGCUGCUUAGUGUGCUUUCCAACAAGAUUCGCUUCACUGGAGUUGUUGCUUUGGUGCUGGUUUGUCCCUGCCUACUUCUGCAUGCACGGACUCCGAUAUGCGAUGAGAACGAAGCGCGAGCUCAUCACGGAGAUGUCCGGUUUCACGCUGGAUGCUGUGGAGUGCCGGGAGGACUUUGACCGACAGUAUAUCCACGGCGCUAUUGAGCACUGGUAUGGGAGCCACGGAGCCUUCGAAGCCUUUGUGCGGGGCCCUCUUCGAGCGGAACUUCUGGCGACCCAGGCGGAUACCCAGCUGCCAAUCGCCUACGAACUCAUCGUCAUCUUUCCUUUCGUUGCGCUGGGCAUGGACGUGUUCGUCGGGAUCAUUCAAUCACCCUUGCCCUUGGAGUUCGCUGUCUCCUACUUCUUCGGGUCGGUACUGGGCGUGCUGCUGUCCUGGAGCCUAGUAACGGCGUGCUGUGCGUUGCACCUGGGUCGCUUCUUCUCUGGUGGGUCCUGCACGUCUCGGCUGGCGGAUCAUGGGCAGUCGCUCUUGGCUUUCUGCGCGCUCCUUCUCCAAAUCUCCAGCGGGCUUUACCUGGGUCGCGAGUCCUACCAGCAGAGCUUGGGACACAGUCUAGCGUUUUUCUUCGCAUCCUUGGUGGUUUGCUGGCUGGUACAUGACGGGUGGAAAAAGAUGGCUCAGCUUUGCCACCGAAGUACAGGGGCUAGGAGAGAUCAGGCCGACGAGGACCCAGCGGGCGCUGAGAACGAGGAGACGGCUCGGAGUCGCAGUGCUCCGGAGAAAGAGGAGACGUGGACCGUUUAG